AUGAGUUCUUAUAGCGCAUCCCAUCAUCCCCGGGAAUCCGAAAUGGAGAGCACUGUAAGCUUGGGGGACGGCAGGAGUCGGUCUUUAGCCACUGUAAAAUCGAAGAAGGGGGAAGUCGAUCCAAACCUGUUACAUCAAGUUGAAUCGAUGGACUUGGAUGGUAUUUCAUUUCAAUCUGAUGCAGAGCCUAUCAAGCACGGCAGUGGGAUCCUCACUACUUCUAUGAAUAUGACAAAUACAAUCAUAGGCUCAGCUAUGCAAGUGCUUCCGGACGUUGUGCGAACUGUCACAGGUGAUCACGAGGACGAGGACUCCUUUUACGUCCAGAAGUGGUUCUGGUUGCUCAUAUGCUGGGCGAUUGGGGCUGGCUUAUCUCUGCUUAAAUCCACCUACUACUUGGGCCACAUAUCGGUGGUGGCCGUUGGCGUAGUCGGCUACACAGUGUUUGUUGUGUUUGCUUACUGUGUAGGUAUAUUCGAUCCAUGCGAAGGCAUUCCUGCCGAGGAAUGUUACACGGAACCUAAAAUGUUCGAUGGCGGCUUUUUUGAUUUCAUGAAGGCCUUUCCGGUCUUUGUCUUAUCGUUUUGCUGCGCUCCGACAAUGUUCAACAUAUAUAACGCGUUAGAGACCCAAUCCAAGCAUAACAUGACGUUGUCGUCAGCUAUCGCAAUGUGUGUCUGCUCCGUUUUGUAUGCUACCAUAUCUCUUUGUGGUUACUUCACAUACGGCACGCAUGUAGCCGAGAAUAUCCUAGAUUCCUACCCCAUAUCGGUAGUCGCUUCACUGGCGCGAUUCGGUAUGGCUUUUGUGGUCACGGUAUCGUAUCCGCUGUUGAUGCAUUCGUCGAGAGACGGCUUCUUGCAUGGUAUUUCGACUCUUGUUAAGUACACGGGGAAAGUGGAUUUGGCCAACGAUAUUGCAGAUAACACUACCAAGACGGGUAACAUCGUAUUCUACAUUUUUGCGGUGCUGCUGAAUUUAUUGGUCUUGGUCAUUGCCUAUUUAGAGCUGUCGUUGAACUCACUGAUGUCCGUAAGUGGAGCAUUGAGCAGUAACCUUAGUUUUACGUUACCGGCAGUGCUCUACUACAAGGCCUACGAGGAAGACGGCUGGACUUGGAUGCGAAUUGUAUGCAUCCCUUUUGCGGUCUUCGGCAUUGUAGUUACCGGGAUAUCCCUAUGGGCGAACAUCGCGUAAACAAUGUCCCCUGUGAAGUUAUGGAAAUGUACUAUGCAUUACGUUUUCGUCUUUGUUCGGUAUAGGAG